AUGGUCAGCAUCACGAUCAAUAUCACGGACAGUAUCACAGUCAGCAUCAAGAACAGUAUCACGGUCAGCAUCACAAUCAGCAUCACAAUCAGUAUCACAGUCAGCAUCAUGGUCAAUAUCUCGAUCACCAUCACAGUCAGCAUCUCGAUCAGCAUCAUAGUCAGCAUCAUGGUCAGCAUCAUUGUCAGCAUCACGAUCAGUAUCGCGAUCAGCAUCACAAUCAGUAUCACAGUCAGCAUCAUGGUCAGUGUCACGAUCACCAUCACGAUCAGUAUCACGCUCAGUAUCUCGAUCACCAUCACAGUCAUCAUCUCGAUCGGCAUCACGUUCAGUAUCGUGGUGAGUAUCACGGUCAGCAUCACGAUCAGUAUCACUGUCAGUAUCACGGUCAGUAUCACUGUCAGUAUCACGGUUAGCAUCUCGAUUAGUAUCACAAUCAGCAUCACGAUCAGUAUCACAGUCAGCAUCACGGUAAGAAUCACUGUCAGUAUCACGGUCAGUAUCACUAUCAGCAUCACGGUCAGUAUCAGGGCCAGUGUCACGGUCAGUAUCACGGUCAGUAUCACCGUCAGCAUCACAGUCAGUAUCACAAUCAGCAUCACGAUCAGUAUCACAGUCAGCAUCACAAUCAGUAUCACAGUCAGCAUCACGGUCAGAAUCACUGUCAGUAUCACGGUCAGCAUCACGGUCAGUAGCAUUGCCAGUGUCACGGUCAGCAUCACGAUCAUUAUCACAGUCAGCAUCACGGUCAGUAUCACUGUCAGUAUCACGGUUAGCAUCUCGAUCAGUAUCACAGUCAGCAUCACGAUCAGUAUCACAGUCAGCAUCACGGUAAGAAUCACUGUCAGUAUCACGGUCAGUAUCACUGUCAGCAUCACGGUCAGUAGCAUGGCCAGUGUCACGGUCAGUAUCAUGAUCAGUAUCACCGUCAGUAUGUCGAUCAGUAUCACGAUUAGCAUCUCGAUCAGUAUCACCAACAGUAUCACCGUCAGCAUCACAGUCAGUAUCACGAGCACUAUCACGAUCAGUAUCACGAUCAGUACCACAAAUGACAAAACCCUUUCAAUAUUUGCCAUUUGCCCUUGCUGA